GAAAACAGCGAGAUAUUUAGCAGAGAGGACCUGCAAAUAAUCACCGCCAUUAAAGAGAACAUAGGAGAAAUAGCAUGCGAGAAAAUCAUACACAGCUGCGUCAUUAGAGCACUGGAGUACAUCGCAAACAAUACUGACCUCCUGAGAGAAACAGAGAAUGGGUCAAACACCCUGAAGAUAAAAAAAGACCUAAGCAACUUUUACGAAGACUACAUAGCCAACAGGGAUCUGGGGAAGCUCAUACAGCAGAGAAAGGACAAAAUAACUGAAAAAAUAAAAACAAAAACCAAGGCUUUGGGAGAAGAGGAAACGAAGUACUACCAAAUAAAAGAAAGUGCAAGCAGGGAGAAGAUAGAGGAUGCUAUCUGCACUAUUAACAGUCUAGAAAACGAUGUGUAUCGGCUAGAGUGCGACAAGAAAAAGGAGUGUCUGCAGCCUGAAUACAUGCAAAGCCUGCUGAACAGCUUACUUCUGCUGUCUGAAGUGAGCCCGGAACAAGAGAGCUAUUUGUUUGAAAAAAUAAAAGAAUUUGGAAAGGCUAUGAGCAUAGAAAUAGUAGAGCUAUCCAAAGAGCAUCAGACAGCAAAAGAAAAGGAAAAAGAACCCAAAAAGAGGAGGCUCUUCACUAUGAAGGCAAUCCACGCGAAAAUAGCUAAAACUCUGCUGCUAGCUGCUAUUCUUCUGACACCGCCGCUGUUAGUUAAUUACUACUGCUCAAAUGGCGGGGUGAUGGGGGCUGCUGAUAACGGCAAUCCAGUGAACUGCGAAGAGUCAUCAUACUACGAGUAA